CCCAGGUGACCCGGAGUAAAUAUGGUGAGAUCGUGCCCACAAUCAAGAUGAUGGGGAGACCACUCACUCCGCAAGCGCGGUUGGCGCAGGCAGCACGAACGAGAAAUCAAGCCAGAGUUAGUGCCAGCCAAGAAUCUCCGAGGAGAAAGCAUGAGCCAGGAAAAAUAAAGGAGGUUGUGGAAGUGGAGGAUGACGACAAUGAGAAGGAAGAGGACGAGAGGCUAUGCAGGAAGGAGGAUCAGAGAGCGGAGCAGCGGGAAAGGAAAAAGGGAGCAAGGGGAGAAGCCGAACCGGUCAUACGUGACGGACCGCCCAAAAGGAAGAAGUAUGCGGUUCGAUUGGAGGAGGGGUUUGGCGUGGAGAAAGUGAUCGACCGACUGCUGGAAGGGCAUAAUGACCUCAUGACCCUGAAGGAAAUCCUAGCGUUUAACUUUACGAAGACAGUCAUGCCAAGAGGAGGGCAGGGGACACGGUCGCCUCGGAGGCCGUUGGGAGCAUCAGAAGGAUAUGAGCGGCAUGGGCCUCGCCAUCGAGAGAGUACUCCAGUGUACGACGAUGGGGACAUCGAGCUAUUCCUGGACAGCUUUUGGGGUCAUGCGAGGCGUAUGGGUUGGACCGUGGCUCAGGCGAUUCAGAGAUUGAGGGGAGCAGGCAGGUUCGAGGAGCCCAUUACCAGGAUUCGUAGGGAGGCGACGACGAGGCAGGAGGUGGAGACGAGGAUGCAGGAGCUGCGACCUUCGCCUGUGGGACCAGAUGGCAGACCGAUCCGCCUAGAGAUCGGAAAUGCGGCAGAUUUUAUUCCUGCCUUCGAGUGGUUCAGGCAGGGGCAGGGUAUACCGAGAGAUGAGUGGGCGAGGACGUUACCCCUCUGGACCAGAAAGGCGGAGAGGGCACUGACUACGCAGGUCAGAGACAUGGCCCGGGACUGGGAGAGCUGCAGGGCAUAUCUGAGAGAGGCCUUUCGACGACCAGAGCCCCCUCAGCCCAGAGUCGAGAGGCGUCAGAGGAAUCAGAGGCAAAGAGACCCUAAGCCCAGGGAGGCGAGACCGUCUGGAGGAGGACGGAAGACCCUAGCUAGAAGAGAGGAGGAACCGGAGCCGGAGCCAGAUGCACGCACGCAGGAGGAGCCGCCCGCAUUUGAGGGGCCCUUGAGGGAAUUGGAGAUGCAUUUGGAUAUCUUUCGUUGGAGGGCGUCGCCUCGGGGCGAGGAGCAUGGAGAGCAGGCAGAGAAGGUACCACGAGAGGAGGUGUCACGAGAGAAGGUGCCACAGGAGGAGGUACCACGAGAGGAGGUGUCACGAGAGGAGGUGCCACGAGAGGAGGUUAAGGAUACUCAGCGAGAAAGAGGGCUAGGUGAUGAGGGGAGACGUGCAGGGAAGGAAGUGAUAGAGGUUGGAGAGGACAUGCCCCCACAGACGCUUGCGGUGGCUUAUGCCCUGGAGCACCCAGACCUGGAGGAGCCAGCACCUGCAGAGCCGCGCCAGGAGCCAUGCCAGCCCGAGAAGGAGAUGGAAGCAGAGAUCCCAAAGAGGGUCGACGUCCGGACGAGGGAAAGAACGCCAGCUGAAGAGACAGCUGAAGAAAAGAGGGCGAGAAGAACCAGACGGAUAGAUAAGAUAUGGCAAGAGAGGCAGAGGUUGGAGGCAGCGGGGGAGCUUCCGGAGCAGCAACAGGAGAGGCAGAGGUCGGAGGCAGCAGGGGCACUCCCAGGUCAGCCACCCAGCGCGUUAGCUAGGGCCCCUAAGAUCCCCGAGAUGUGGAGGGACUUCUGGGAGCAGAAAGGAGAGGAGCUUCCGUCGCCAGACAGAGCCGGAUUUGGGGUGGCAAGGAAGGCGGAAGAAAGGUUGGAUCGCAAAAUCAAGUUCCUGGCCAAGACUACUUUUGACCGACUCUUGUUAUUGGAGAGCGAUUUGGCAGGGAAGAAGAUGAAGGAAGCAAGCCAUGGAGUACGCCUGGAGGCUAUGGAGGUGGAAAUCCAGGAACUCAUGGCAUUGGUAGCUUGUCAGGCAGCUAUUAUUAAGAGCCUGAGGCAACAAACCCAGGGAAAGGUGGACAAGCCAGAGACCAGCAGGCAGGGAGAGCAGAGGCAGCCAAGACAUGGAUUACCAGGACAACCAUCUGCAACAGAGCCUCGCCAGGAGCCACCUAUGGGGAGAGUUAUCCUGGAGCCAGAGGAGGCGAGAGCCCAGAGACAGGCGGAGAGAGAGGCGUUCGAGUUCAGAGCCCCUACCGAGCUCGCGACGCUGCCAGUAGCAACGGUGGGCCCAGUCGUUGAGGAGGGGCUACCACCAUCUAGCAGUGAGCCGGCUCAGAGCUCAGCAGAGGGAUUCAUGGGCAUGCUCCUUGAGGCGGUGCAUACUAUGCAGGAGGAGGUGAGUUUGUUUUCACCUGAGCAGAGGAUAGAGGAGCCUCUUGAGAGAGAGAUAGGGAUUGAGGCAGAGGGUGUCAUCGAGAGCGGGCUCCAGAGGAUGGGCACGCCUGAGUAUGGGCCAGAGGAGAUUGAGGAGCAGCCCAUGGCAGUGCCAGGAGAGACACUCGAGAGGAGACCUAAGAGGUUGGACACGCCUGAGUACGUCCCGGUGACAGGGGAUGUGAGGAGCUGAGUGGGAUCUUGGGCUACUGGAUCUGGGUCUGGGGACCGGUUCCCGGGACAGAGCAGCAGGAGGUCAUUAGUACCGCAGCU